AUGGCCAAGUCUGCACGACGAACAGGAAAAGGCAAAGGCCCUCUGACCUCCUCUGUCUCCUCCUCCGGUGCCUCGACACCAAGCUCAGAGUCCGGCCCUCUCCCACCCUUCGCACGCGUCCCCGAAUCCCUCUUCUCCUUCGUCGAACUGCUCUCCCCAGACCAAGUCUACUUAAUCCACAUCGACACCUCUCCGCAUGACUUGAAGAGACAAACCUUCUUCGUCCCCUCGGUAAUGAACGCCAUCAUCGCCGUUAUCAUUGCCGUCAGACUCUAUUUCGUCCGCUUCUUCUACCCAGCCUUACUAGCCACAAUCGUCGGAUUGUCCAGUCCCACGACAGUAGAUUCCUCGACAAUGACGUGGGUCGAGAUGAUGAAGAUCAUCCUCUACCGCACCGCAAACGUCGUCCUUGAUUACUUCCUCGUUCUCAUAUUUCUCCCCUGGCCCAUCCGCUUCAUUCGGGGCCCCGUCAAGUGGCGCCGCACAGUCGGUUUCCAGGGCCACGAGAUCAUCGUCCGCCGCAGCCAGAAUAUUUGGAGCAAGAACCUGGUACGGAAUCGCUGGAUUCGGGAGGACGAAGCCAGUCGCGACCGUAUCGUCGCUGCCGUUACACCGGAGCGCCUGGAGAAACCGGGCUACAUGCUCGUUGACGCAGACUGGGACCUAGACUACGGCGCCAUGAUCCGCGCACAGGAGCUCGUCGACCCAGCACGGAAGAACAAGGAUGAUAGAGUUCCGCUGGAGGAAUUCCGGACUUCGGUUCUCGUUAACACUGAUACUGACGGGUGGCUGAUCUGGCGUGUCGGUGAUGAGAGCAGUACCACCACCUCGGAUGGCAAGGACUACUCUGAGCAGCGCGACCAGAUUCUCGCUUUCCGGGAGAAGUUGGCUGCCAUUGGGAAAGAGGAUCUGUUUUUCCGUUGGGUGGAGAUCAUUCAGUAUGAGAGUACGCUGCCUGGUGGGUUCACGACUGAACGGCAGCAGUCUGCUAUGGUGCAAGCGAAGCAAUUAUUUGAAGAAGGGGGCGUUGAUUUCUCGAGUCUUUGGAGGGAAGUUGGUGGUAUUGAGGGGUUCCUUGAGCAAAUUGAUUAA